AUGAAGCCAUCCAGCUGUAGACCUAAGGUGUUUACAUUUGGUCUCUUAACAUUGCUUCUGACCUCACGUCUCUAUUUCCAGCCAUUUAACUCUCUUAUAUCGGAUUGUGAUGAAACUUUUAACUAUUGGGAACCAUUAAACUUACUACUAAGAGGGUUUGGUAAGCAAACUUGGGAAUACUCUCCAGAAUACUCCAUAAGAUCCUGGGCUUUUUUGUCCCCCUUUUAUCUGGUGUUGUAUCCAUUUAACAAACUUUUCAUUAAGUACCAAUGGCCUUCGGAAUGGAAUUUCUAUUUGACUAGAAUCAUAUUAGGACUUGUUAGUUGCUUAUUGGAAUGGAAACUAUUUGUGGAAAUUAAGCAUACUUUAAGUGUUCAAGUUGCAAACAUUUGGUUAUUUAUUCAAAUAUUCAAUCCAGGAUGGUUCCAUGCCUCUAUGGAACUGUUACCUUCAUCUAUUGCCAUGCUAUUAUAUUUAGCAUCUAUGAAGUUUGCAUUACGCUACCUAUCUACAGGCUCUACCCCAAAUUUUAUAUCCAGUUUGACAUUUAAUUUUGUUUCAGCAAUCUUAGGUUGGCCAUUUGUUCUGGUACUCAGUUUACCCCUAUGUUUCCAUUACUUAUUCACACAUAGAAUAAUAUCUACCAUCCGAACUGUCUUUGAUACUUCAUUGGUACUAUUUAUAAUUACCACAAUAGUCAUCGUCGUUGAUUCUGUAUUUUAUGGUAAAUUUACUCCAGUGUCAUGGAACAUUUUAUUUUAUAAUGUAAUUAAUGCAACCAAUGAAUCAGGACCAAAUAUUUUCGGCGUUGAAUCGUGGGAUUACUAUAUUCUCAAUCUGACAAUCAAUUUCCCACUACCUGUUCUCUUCGCCUCUUUGAUUGGCAUUUUUCAUCUUUCAUUAUGGCCUCUUUGGACUUCAUUAUUGACAUGGAUGAUCAUAUUCAUAAACCAACCUCACAAGGAGGAAAGAUUCUUGUAUCCAAUAUAUCCUUUAAUUUCACUAUGUGGCUCCGUUGGACUAUACCAUUGCUUCCACUUUGGUAAGAAAUCGUCACAUCACUCCUUAAGACAUAUAAGAAGAUUUUUCAAAUGGGUGACUAUGUUAUUAAUUGCCUUACAAGCCACCUCACGUAUUGUUGCCCUAAUUGAAAACUAUACGGCACCCAUUAAACUAUAUGAAGAAUUUAAUAAGAUGGAUGUGACCACAGAUGAAAAAAUCAAUGUAUGCACAGGUCGUGAAUGGUAUCAUUUCCCCAAUUCAUUUUUCUUACCUGAAUCACACAGGUUGCAAUUUGUUAAAUCCGGGUUUGACGGAUUAUUGCCAGGUGAUUUCAUGGAAUCUGAAUCAUUUACAAAGAAUAUCAGGACUAUUCCACAGGGUAUGAAUAAUUUGAAUAAAUGGGAUGAGUCCAAAGUUUCUCCCUUGAAUCAAUGUCAUUUUUUCAUAGAUGUGGUACUACCUAUCGAUAUAACAAAUGAUUCAUUUGAUCCGUAUUCGGAAGAUUGGACUAAAUUGAGUUGUUAUAACUUUGUUGAUGUAGAUAAUUCGAAAUUAUUAGGUAGAGUAUUUUACAUUCCUAAAUGCUUCAAUGAUUUGAUUAAGAGAAUUGUUCCUAAAUCUUUGAGCUCAUUAUGGGAAUCCUUGUACGGUGUUAAUUAUCUCGACUAUUGUCUGUUUGAACGAAUUCAUUAUGCUCCAGAUGAACAGUCAUAG